AUCCAUUCAGGCUUAUAAAGCCUUUGCACUUCAUCAAUUCACAGACAUCCGUCCUGACAGGUGAGUAGUGAGCACCGGCUGAAUAACUGUGGCAUCUAUAAAAAACAAGAUUACUUGUGCAUGUACAUCACAUGAAUUGUGUCAAAUUUAACAAGAGAAUGAGUAAUUGGAGUAAUUAUAGCAUUAAUGCUGUCUGACUGUGUGGUGUGCUGUAUUUUGUGAUAACCCUUUUUCCAACAUUGACUAAUCUAAUAAUAAUUAUUAUUAUUAAUAAUAAUACUAACAAUAAUUAUCUGAAUAAUAAUUGACUAAUUUUCUAAUAUUGUCUCGGUAUGUGCUCCAGAUAACAUAUUUUGAAUUAAAAGUAAAACAGAAUUAUUUUUAUUUGAAUGCAGAAGCAGAUUUCUUUCUAAAUUCAUUUGAAUUAUGUCAGCGUUUCUGAACAAAUUCCAAGUUAAGAUUACGAGCAAUAUAUUUCAGGUGUGGUACGUAUCAUUUGAACUUCAUUUUACCUGUAAUUUAGUUUUUCUUUUAAGUCAUAUGUAACGAGGCAAAUCUUUUUUUUUCAUGUGAUCAAUAAUAUUACACGUAAGUCAAUAUGUGGACUCGGUGAAUGAUUACACGAUGAUUUAAACAUUUUUUUAAUCAAAGGAAAAGUUAAAUGUUUCAAUUUACUUCAUUCAGUCUUUAUCCAAGUCAAUUUUCUUCAGCUUUAAACUCACAAGUGUCAAUAAAGUCCUGUUUUGUAGUUUUAAUCCAAUAUCAGCUCAGCAAUGUUUGCAAGUGCACGAAAGGUCAUCAAGAGUAUGCUCUUGACUCGUGAAAAAAGAGGAACUAAUGCAACUACUAUUUGUUACUUUUGACCAGAUUUUUCAUAAUUCUGCCUGCAGAAAACCCCCAGAAAUAAGGAAGGUCGGAAAGCGGAAGCAUCAGAUUUCCUGAACAUCUCGGCUCGAAACUUUCCUCUGUGUCGCCAUAAAGUCCACUUAAACUCUUACUUUGCUGGCAACGAAAGCUUUGUAGAUACACGGCACCUCCCCAGUUGAGCUUUCUGUCUUACAGAUAAAUUAAAAUACCUCCACUUUGGUUUGCCCAAACAUAAUUUCCUUGCCAAAAUGGAGGGGGAAGCCAGUAUCUUCGCCACCAAGAUGCCCACUAGCAUACCACUCUCCACUAACCAGACCUCUAGUGUUGGUUGCCCGCCAGUCGGUAUACACCUGGAGGGACUGAUCCUGCCUCCCAUCCUGACCAUUGAUGUCAUAUUAGGGCUGCUGGGAAACUUAGUUGCCCUGUGGAUCUUCUGCUUCCGAAUGAAGGUCUGGAACCCAAACACCCUGUUCCUCAUCAACCUGGUAAUCGCUGACUUCCUGGUUUUGGUGAGCCUGCCACUGAGGAUUGAUGCCUUGCUUAGAGGAUACUGGGUGUUCGGGGAUGGCUUGUGCCGGAUCAACCUCUUCUUGAUGUUCAGCAACCGCUCGGCCAGCAUUGGCCUCAUGACUGUAAUAGCGAUCUACCGCUACUUUAAGGUUGUCCACCCUCACCACCGCCUCAACCGCAUGACCAAGAGGCAGGCUGGGUACGUACCGGCGUUCAUCUGGCUGCUGGUGAUUGGGCCGCGGGUCCCCAUGCUGGCCUUCAACCACAUUAAGGGCAGUGGCGCCAAAACCCAGUGUUUCUUCUUCACGUCAUACAAGGAGGCAUCCCGAGCCAUCAUCGUCCUCGUCGGCAUGCACAGGAUCCUGUCCGUGCUGGAGUUUUUGUUCCCGCUGGCCCUGCUGCUGUUCUGCUCUGCCCGGAUCUCUUGUAUCCUGAGACAGCGGAAGAUGAGCAAAGCCCAGAACGUGCGCAGGGCGAUGCGCGUGUGCGCCGUGAUCGUUGCCGUGUUCUUCAUCUGUUUCCUACCUGGGACGGUGACAACGGCCGGCCUGUGGAUCAUCGCUUCAAACCGUCCAUUGGACUGUGCCUCCUUCUACACGUUCACCCAGCUGACUAUCGUCUCUUUUGGUCUGAACUUCCUGAACUCUGCCCUCGAUCCUGUCAUCUACUGCUUCUCCAGCUCCAUGUUCCGCAACGCCCUCCGGGACUCGCUGCCCAAGGCGCUGCGCUGCGGCGAGAAGGGAGACGGCGAGGCGGCAACGUCCACAUCAGGAACUCGGUCGACUGAAGGACAGGAACUCAAAUCUAUGGCAGCAGUGGAAAAAAAGUGAGGCAAUGUAAAAAAAAAAAAAAAGACAAAAAAACUUUAACAACAACAGCAAACAUAGAAAUAAUACAUAAACAGAACUUAAGACUAAAAAUGAAAACAGUAGGCAAGCUAUUGUUAUCAAGGCAGUGGUUCUCAUGCCGGUCUUCAGGUACAAACUGCUGGUUUUCUCUUCCACCAUAUAGUUACACUCACCUGUUGUUU